GCAGACUGUGGACUCUCAGUCAACACUGGCGUCAGUGAGCAGCGCAGCAGCAGAGAACCCUCAGAGUCCGUCCGCGGCGGCCAUUCUUCACUUGACCUCCGUGACCGCUGAGACCUGCUUCGACUCGAGGUCAUGUCCCGCCUCUUCCUCUGCGUGUCCGUCAUCGUGGCUCUGCGGGCGGCGGCCGUGCUCAGCCUGUCAGUGUUCUCCGAGCCCCCGGAGGCCCACAUGCUGCUCCGCUCCCGGCGGGCCAACUCCUUCCUGGAGGAGCUGAAGCCGGCCUCCAUGGAGCGCGAGUGUCUGGAGGAGCGCUGCGACUUCGAAGAGGCCCGGGAGAUCCUCCAGACCCGGGAGGCCACGCUGGAGUUCUGGACCGUGUACACAGACGGGAACCAGUGCCGCUCCAACGUGUGCGUUCACGGGUUCUGCGUGGACCAGUACCAGGACUACGCCUGCCGCUGUAACCAUGGAUACGAGGGAAAGUACUGCGACCAGCCUCUGACAGACACCAACUGCUCGCUGGACAACGGCGGCUGCGACCACGAGUGCUGGGCGAGCGAGGAUGGGCUGGCGAGGAGCUGCGGCUGCCUGAGCGGCUUCACGCUGCACGCCGACGCCAAGAGGUGCAACCCCAAAGGGCUCUCCUCCUGCGGCCGGCUGCUGAUCAGCAGGUCCUCCUUCACCAAACCCCGAGACGGCCUGCUGCCCUGGAUGGUGGGGGGGGAGGUGGGCAAGAAGGGGGAGAGCCCCUGGCAGGCGCUGCUGCUGGACGCCAGAGGGAGUUUCCGAUGCGGCGGCGUCCUGAUCCAUGAGAACUGGGUUCUGACCGCCGCCCACUGCCUGGAGCACAGCUUCCGGUUCAGAGUCCGACUGGGCGACUACGAGCGGCACCGGGACGAAGGCACCGAGGUGACCCUGAAGGUGGCGAAGGCGUUCCGGCACCCGCAGUACGACAGCCGGACCGUGGACAACGACAUCGCCCUGCUGCGCCUGCAGACGCCCGCCCCCUUCUCGCAGUACGUGGUGCCCGCCUGCCUGCCGGGCCGCGACAUGGCCGAGCGGGUGCUGCACCUGAACGGCACCGUCACCGUGGUGACCGGCUGGGGCAAGCAGGACAUGAACGACACCGCCUUCAGCUCGGCGCUGAACGUCAUCCGGGUGCCGCUGGUGGAGCGCGACCUCUGCUCCCGCCAGAUGACCCACAACAUCUCCGACAACGUGCUGUGCGCCGGCGUCCUCGGGCAGCGCGCGGACGCCUGCGAGGGCGACAGCGGCGGUCCGAUGGUCGCCCUGUACCGGGACACCUGGUUCCUGGUGGGCCUGGUGUCCUGGGGCGAGGGCUGCGGCCGCACGGACAAGCUGGGCGUCUACACCAAGGUGUCCAACUACAACCAGUGGAUCAGCGGCGUGCAGGAGGCCUGGGACCGAGGAGACCACCCACCGGCCCCGAGGGUCUGACCCCACGGCCACCCUCAUGUGACCCCGAUGUGACCCCGAUGUGACAUGGUGACCCCGAUGUGACGCGGUGACCCCGAUGUGACCCGUUGUGACCCCGAUGUGACCCCUGAUGUGACCCCCGAUGUGACCCCCAAUGUGAUUCUGAUGUGACCCCCAUGUUGUGACCCCCAUGUUGUGACCCCGAUAUGACGCGGUGACCUCAAUGUGACCCCCAAUGUGACCCCACGGUGACCCCCAUCGUGACCCCGUGACCCUGACGUGACCCCGUGAACCUGUUGUGACCCUGUUGUGACACAGUGACCCCAAUAAACCGAUUCCGCCUCAAGGUG